UCCAUACCUUCUCCUCCUCCUCCCCCCAGCCUUGAAGUUCGUGCCAGUAUACCAUCAUGUCAGUCACCACCUGCUCGACCACGGCGACGCGCUUGAACCACUUGACCGGGAAGAGGACCAAUUCGUUGGGAUGGGCAAAGUCCGACUGCCACACGUGCUCUUCGCUCGGUCGUUCUUGUGACCGGCGACGGCCUCGCUGCAGUGCCUGUCUCGCUGACGGCGUGAUAUGCGCCGGCUACGUGCAGCAACUCAACUGGGAAAGAGGCGCCUUGAAGGUUGGGAAACGGCGGCCCAAGGAACCGUCCGAGAAUGUCAGAGAAGCCAAACCAGAGAAGCCGACGGCGCCACUGCCUCGGCCCUCCUCUUACACCUUUGUCGAUCAAACGGCCUCACAAACACGGCCACGGCGGAGGUCGAGAAACAACUCGAGAUCGAGCGAACUAAGCAUCCCAAUCUCCAACGCGGCGGAUUCCCUGAUCAAUACUACGCUCUCCAGCGGCGGAGAGUCCGUCUCGUCGGCAUCUCCAUCCUCAACCUGGUCCGCACUCAGCGCCAGUACGCCACCUCUACUGGACAGCGGCCAUCAGUUUGACCUCAUACUCUGCCCGCCGGUGAGCCGCCACCCCGGAGGGAUCGAGUACGCGCUAUCGUUCUUCCAUUCCUGCUUCGCCAACACCACGCUCACCUUCCCCGUGAAAAUCAAUCCCUGGCGGGCCUGCCUGCCUUCCAUUCACGACGACUUCCCCUCCGUCCGCUAUGCGGCCGCGGCGCUUGCAAAACGUCAGCAAGCGCACUUCGACCGGAAGCCGGAGAGUGCCUCAAUAUUGCGCCUCAAGUCUCAAGCCUUGUCCAUCUUCGCGUCGCACCUCAACGAUCUCUCGUUCGAGUGCGGCCUCAGCACUGUGCUUCUCCUCAUCGGCCUCGACUACGCCGAAACAGGGGUGGCCAAUUGGAACAUCCAUCUGCGUGGCGCGUACCGCAUUCUUGAGUCUCACGGCGGGAUCCGCCUCGCGGAAUCACGGCCAAACCUUCGGAGUCAGAUCGCCAUGCUGAUCUGGUACGACGUCAAUGCCGCCUUGAUCUCGCGGCGCGGCCCUACCUUUCCAAGGACCUACAUCGAAGCGCUCAUGGCAUGGCAGGACGAUGACGAAUGGAGCAUGCUGGGCCUCAACGGUCUCCCAGACGGCAUGUUUCUUGACAUGCACCGCCUUGCUGUUGCCGCCGCCGACAUCGAUUCCGCCGACCCCGAAGCGCUCGAACUUAUCCGCAAGAACAUUCUUGGGACGGAGAUCGGCAUGGAGCAAGGGAAAUAUCAGGCCCUGAUGUCCGAAAUCUGGAGGUUGGGCCUCCUGUUAUACAUUGCCCGGGUGUUUUGGCCGGUCCGGAUCUACGAUCUGGCAGCGAUAGAUGACCAGGACGACACGGACACGUUCGCGAGCCACGAAGGUGCCACCGAGUGGGACAUUGAGCCGCGUUCCGUGGCCAUUCAGAUUCUCACCAUGGUUGCCAACAUUCCGUCGCACAGCAGUUUUCAGAAACAGUGCCUGAUGCCCAUUGUUCUGGCCGGGUGCGAAAUGUCGAGUGCGGAGUGGGCUUUCAGGAAAAUCGCCACCGAGUACUCGGAGCGGUGGAAACAGAAGACGGGGAUCUGGAUUUUUGAUUCCGGGUUGGAGUUCAUGAGGGGCGUUUGGGCGAAGAAUGACAUGGCCGUGCUCACCGAAGCAGAGGAUGAAGUCGACCGGCCAUGGGUACCUUGGACAGAGAUAUACCCGCCAAGUGCCGAAUACGGCUUCCUGUUUGGAUGAAAGAUGGUGUGCCUGCAGAAGUACAAAAGAAUUCAAGGUUGAAACGCGCGGCACUCUUCGACUAGACGUCGCACGUCGAUAUACCUCACCCGGUCCCUGGCAUCUUAUCUGCGAGGGCUGCCAUGCUGUGUCGACGUCCUUGACACUUCUCAACACGCUACAAAUAACAGUAGGGGUCGACAUAUUCCCCUGUUGAAAGAGCCGCACGGCGUUGAUAUCACGAGGAUGCCGCAGAGGAAGUGCAGAUGAGGAAGGACAGGCGAGCAGGAGGGGCGCGUGGUCAAGACAACCGGAGCCUCUGAUUUGAGCAUCGCGCAUCCAGUCACGCUCGCGCCGUGCUCGGCGAGAUAUAUCUCGUCGUGGCCUCCAGUGGCUGUUUUCCGGCAUGAAGGUCCGUGCUGGGGGAUGGCCGUCCGAUGGGCAAGGCUACAUGUUCAAAUGACCUGUGUGCCAAACCAAGUUCGCAUACUUGUGCCAACCAGGAACGGUCCAGGCUAGUAGUUGCUAUAUCUGCCGUAUUAUCAGGGCACAUACGAUCCUUCUGGGAGUUGGGUUCAUGUAUUAUCUCGAUCGCACUAGUUGCCGUAUAGCCGUCUAGCCGAGGGGGCCAUUUCAGGUUUAUGAGAAUGAGGAUUGAUGAAACAAGGCG